AUGGCUAACCACAGCACACUACCUGAAUUCCAGCUUUUGGGGUUCCAGAACCUUCUGGGAUGGCAGACCUUCCUCUUCACUAUAUUCUUACUUAUCUACGUGCUAACUAUCACAGGGAAUGUGCUCAUCAUUGCAGUUGUAAAGUUGGAACCAUGCCUUCAUUCUCCAAUGUACUCUUUCCUCCAAAACCUCUCCUUCUUAGAGAUCUGGUACACCACCACAAUUGUGCCCAAGAUGCUCAACAACCUCCUCACAGAGAAAAAGACCAUCUCCUUCCAUGGCUGCAUGUCCCAGCUGUAUUUCUUUGUCUUCUUUGGAGCAACAGAGUGUUUUUUGCUCUCUGUGAUGGCCUAUGACCGGUUCCUGGCAAUUUGUGACCCACUGCAUUACACAGCCACCAUGAACACGGAGUUCUGCAGCCACCUGGCAAUAGGGUCUUGGGUGCUUGGUCUCUGCACAGGGCUGUUACCAUGUUUGCUGGUCUCCAGGCUAAGCUUCUGCCACGCUAAGCAAAUCAGCCAUUUCUUUUGUGACAUCUCACCUUUGCUGAAGCUCUCCUGUUCUAAUACUUCAGUAACAGAGAUUAGCAUAUUUGUUCUCUCUAUAUUGGUCCUCUUCACUUGCUUUCUGCUUACCUUGGUAUCUUAUGGUUUUAUUAUCUUGACCAUUCUGAGAAUCCCCUCUGCUUCUGGAAGGAAAAAGAUGUUCUCCACUUGUGGCUCACACUUGGCUGUAGUAGUAAUAUACUAUGGCACUAUGAUCUCUAUGUAUGUUCGACCUAGUACUAAACUUUCUGCUGGGCUGAAUAAGGUAGUUUCCAUAUUCUACACUGUAGUAACACCACUUCUUAACCCUGUCAUCUACAGUCUGAGGAACAAUGAUUUCAAGGAGGCCUUGCAGAAACUAGUCAAGAAGCAUAUCCAACACAGUUUUUAA